GAGCUGGCUUGCACAACUGGGGUUGCUUUUCUGUUCCGCUCGAAGGGUGUACAAUGACUCUCGGAGUCAAAAUAUAAGCAGGAACAAGAAUCGCAACCCUGGUAGGCAGGGCAGAAGUGCAACAAGGAAGAGCUGGCUUGCACAACUGGGGUUGCUUUUCUGUUCCGCUCGAAGGGUGUACAAUGACUCUCGGAGUCAAAAUAUAAGCAGGAACAAGAAUCGCAACCCUGGUAGGCAGGGCAGAAGUGCAACAAGGAAGAGCUGGGUUGCACAACUGGGGUUGCUUUUCUGGUCCGCUCGCAGGGCAUAUAAUGAACCAUUGCUGACGUGUUUCGAGCAAAGGUCGUUCCUAUUUUUUUUCCACAACAAGCUUCGGUGACCAGAGAACUAAGUGCAGAGAGACAGAUACUCGACGCGUGCUUACAGACUAGUCGCGAUGAACUUCUUCUUUGAGACGCUCUGCACGUUGCUGCUCUGGCUGUAUUACAGCCUGGAAGCGCUGGUGAUGCUGGUGGUGCCGGCUCGGAGGAAGAAUGUGAGCGGGGAGAUUGUGCUGGUGACGGGCGCUGGCAGCGGCAUUGGACGUCUCGUGGCGCUCCGCUUCGCCGGCCUGGACACCGCGCUCGUGCUCUGGGACAUCAAUGCAGAGGGCAUCAAGGAGACGGAGCGGCUGGCCCGGCAACAGGGGGCCUCCAGGGUCCACACUUACGUGUGCGACUGCAGCAAGAGAGCAUCCGUGUACGAAGUGGCAGACAAGGUGAAGAGGGAAGUUGGAGAUGUUAGUAUUUUGAUAAACAAUGCAGGUAUUGUUACUGGAAAGAAAUUCAUUGAUUCACCCGAUGAGUUACUAGAAAAAACUAUGGCAGUGAAUGCUGUUGCACAUUUUUGGACCUACAAAGCAUUUCUGCCUGCAAUGAUUGCCCGUAACCAUGGCCAUCUGGUUAGCAUUGCCAGUUCAGCUGGCUUCUUUCCAGUGAACGGAUUGGCAGAUUAUUGUGCAAGCAAGUUUGCAGCGAUUGGUUUUGCUGAGUCUAUUGCAUUAGAAUUGUUGGUUUCAGGAAAAGAUGGUAUCAAAACGACCAUUGUUUGCCCAUACUUCAUAAACACUGGCAUGUUUGAUGGCACCUCAAGCAAGUGGCCAAAAUUUAUUCCCAUUUUGGAUCAAAAUUAUGCUGCUCGGAGAAUUACAGAUGCGAUUUUAGGGGAUCAAGCAUAUCUUGUGAUGCCACGGAGCCUGGGUUUUAUGCUUGCUAUUAAAAAUCUACUUCCAUUAAAAGUUGGCCUUCUUUUUGGAAAGUACUUUGGCAUUUUUGAAACUAUGGAUAAUUUCAAGGGUCGCAUUAAGAAGGAUUGACGUGAUCAUCAGCAAUGAUCUGGAAGCAACUGCUUUAAAUAUAUUUGGAAGAAGAACUCAUUCGUUAAAAUACCAUUACAAUACAUUUUUGAUACUAUUUUAUGUUAUUGUUAAUGCAUUUAGGAAUAAAUAACUGAGAAAAAUAGUAACAUGUCAAUGAUAAUGACUCAUAAUGGCAGAUAUGUGUGUUAAAAUCUGAGAAAAUUGAAAGAUAAGUGCAAACUGAAAACCUCUGUUUGUAUUUCCUGCUCCCAAUUCAAGAAAGAGUGCAUUUGACGAGAAUUGAUACAUAGAUCUCAUUAUCUGUUGUUGAGUUUGCAGAAGAAAAUAAUUUGAGACUAAACUGUCUUUCUCUCAAACUGCAUGACAUUGUUACCCUAUGUGCAAAGGUAUUUUGCCACUAGAGAUAAUUAAAGUGAUUGAAGAAUUAAGAACAAGAGUGAAUAUUGAAUAAAGGUUUAUGAAUGUAAAGCAUGAUUGCUGUGAGGAAUGGCACAUCAGGUGAUCUACAAAGGCCAAAUGCUAAUUAAAUGUGUAUUGUCAAACUUUCCAUGCUUAAUGUAAUUUUAAUCAGGCCAGCAAGUUUGUGUUUAAGAGCAACUUAAAUGUAAACACUAACUUGUUAUAGCUCUCAAAGGUUGUUGCAACAUUUUUUGUGACUGAAAGAAAAAAAAUUAUGGUUGAGGGGAAAAGUAACUUGUGCAAAUUCUAUCGUAAAAACAAAUAAAAACUUUGUUUGGAGAUACUAAA